ACAGAUCAGCUGGCAGAUCGGACAAGUGUUUGCCUCAGAGCUCAGAGCUCUGUGUAUAUGAUAUUUACAGCACACAGUAAAAGAGAGUCCGAGGAAUUAAAACGUGUUUCUUGGAUGUGGAAAAUGAAAAGCAGUUGGAUCUUGUUGUGUUCCGUUUGCGUUUGGUUUCCUGUUCAAGCAACAUUUCGAGCGCCCAAUACGUGUUACUGUUAUGGCAAAGCACAGUACUGCAAAGCAGAUCAUCUGGGACUGCACUGUAUAAACUGCCAGGGCAACACAGAAGGGCGGCAAUGUGAAAACUGCAAAGAAGGUUACUACCACCAGAGGGCAGGAGACGACUGUGUGCCCUGUGACUGCAACACUGCUGGUUCUCAAGGACCCGCCUGCAACAAUGAGGGCCGGUGUACGUGCAAACCGGGAAUUCAUGGUGACAAGUGUGACCGCUGUCAUGAUGGGUCUCCGGUCACCGUUAAUGGAUGUGAGCCUUUGAGAUUGAGCUGUCGGUCCCGUCAUAACGGUCAGCUCACGUAUAACAGAGAGGAAUGUCUGCCCUGUUUUUGUUACGGCCAUUCAGACGUGUGCACCUCUGCUCAGGGAUACUCCAUUCAUAAUAUCACCUCGACUUUUGAACAUGGACCUGAGGGAUGGCGGGCAGCUACUGAUCAAGGUGUGACCCCCUCAGAAGUGCGAUUCAGGUGGUCUCCCACUCACAAAGAUCUCGAGGUCAUCUCCAAAGAUAUCCUUCCGUUUUUUCUGUUCGCACCAGCAUCUUACCUGGGGAAUCAGGCACUGAGUUACGGUCAGACACUGAUCUUCUCUCUGCGUUUGGACAGAGGCGUCCGUCGCCCCUCCACCUCUGAUGUUAUACUAGAAGGAGCGGGUCUUAGAGUGUCCGCUUCACUUGGAAACUUGAGAACUGUGGUGCCGUGUGGCAAAAAACUCACCUUCACAUUCACAUUGGAUGAACAACCCGGCAGCAAAUGGAGACCGCAACUUUCAUCUCUAGAAUUUCAAACACUCUUAAGCAAUCUCACAGCCAUUAAAAUCAGAGGAACAUUUGGUGAAAAUGGACGUGGUUAUCUGGAUGAUGUCACUCUAGUGUCGGCCAAACUGGGUCCUGGCGCCCCUGCAGUCUGGGUGGAGAAGUGCAGCUGUUCCGCCGCUUAUGAGGGAUUGUUUUGUGAGCGCUGUGCCACGGGCUACAGAAGGCGUUUCCCCGGUCAAGGCCCUCGAAGCCCCUGUGACCCCUGCUCGUGUCAGGGUGGAACUUGUGAUCCAGAAACGGGAGGUUGUUACUCGGCCGAUGAGAUACCAAAUCUGCAGAUGUGCCCUAAAGGUUAUUAUAUCAACCGGCAACGGUCUAACACCUGUCUGAGAUGCCCCUGUCCCGAGGGCGAGGCUUGCUUUGUCAUUCCAGGAUCAGAGGAUGUGAUAUGUGCCCGGUGUCCUCAUGGAUCUACAGGUUCUCGUUGUGAAAUCUGUGCCGAAGGGUUUUAUGGAGAUCCUCUGGGAGAAUACGGCCCGCCCAGACCGUGCCAACCCUGCCAGUGUUACAACCGAUUGGACGAGAUCGUUGAAGACAACUGUGACCCGCUGACAGGGGAGUGUCGGAGGUGCCCGAAUCAUAGCACCGGCCCCAGGUGUGAGAACUGCGUAGAGGGAUACUUCCACCGUUACCCCACAGAGCCAUGCCAGGCCUGUGACUGCAACCAGAAGGGCUCUGUGUCAGAUUCCUGCAAUAGUAAUGGCCAGUGUAAGUGUAGGGAAGGUUAUGAGGGACUGAAGUGUGAGGAAUCAACAUGUCCAUCCUGCUUCAAUCCAGUCAAAAGCCAGAUAUCAGCGUAUGCACAACAGCUGCGGGAUAUGGAGGACGUAUUUAAUACAAUAGGAGGUGAUAAUAAUGUUCCAGUCAAAGAUGCUGAGAUGGAUCGAGCCGUCAAGGCCGCAGAGGUGAUGCUGCAGUCCCUGCAGACCAGAGCAAAUGAACUCACAGAUUCAGAGAAACUGCUUCAGGACAAGCUGGUCAGCAUCAGCCGGAAUCAGCUGAGAGAGGAGAGAAACAUGGAGGCUGUGUUGAAGACGGUGAAUGGCGUCAGAAACCGAGAUCAACAGUACAAGACUGAAGUUUCUGAAAUCCAGAAGCUCAUCAGUGACAUCCGACUAAAACUGCAACAGGCCAAACGUGACGUUCAGCAGAUUGAGUUGCCCUCAGGUGAUGCGGAGGAGGGCUCUGGCACCUUGUCUUAUUUGGUUCAGAGAGCUGCUGAUCUUGCUGAACAGCACCAGGGUGGGGCAGUGACGAUAGAGAACAUAGCCAACAAUGCUCUGUCAACGUCUGAGAAGGCUUUAAACCUCAUACGAACCGCCAUCGACACAGAAAAUAGAGUCAAAGAUGAGGUCAAGGACCUUAAAAAACAGUAUGAAGCAGAUGUAACUAAAGUGAGUGACAUGGAGAGAAAAGCCAUUCAACUGACUGGGGAAGCUGAAAAGGAGAGCAAACUAGCUCAGGGCGCGCUUAAACAAAUAUCUGACCUGGAGAAAAACCUGCCAAAGCCUCUGAAGAAGGAGAUUGCUGGUGUGAUUGGUCGGUUUGAUGGGCUGAAGGAAGCCGUGGAGGGGAGUAUAACACAAUACCAGGACUUACAGAAGAAUAUGCUCGCUGGACAGAAAGAAGCAGCUGGUCUACUCGAUAAUGCCAAGACUUUACAAAAGGUUCAAGACGAGCUUUUUGCAAGGGCAAAUGCAGCUGAUGCCAUUAAAAAUAAAUCUUUGGAAAUCUAUGCCAAAAACAAGGAUAGCUUGGAUAAUACACUGGAGAAGCUCAAAGGAUUUGAUGACCAGAUCAAUAACAAUAGGAAGCUGGCAGAUGAAGCCAUCAGUAAACUGCCUGGCAUUGAAGCCACCAUUCAGAAAGCAACAGCUGAUAACACCAAGACUCAGGACAUUCUGGAUGCCAUGGCCGUUCCCUACAAAGAAGCUCAAGAUAUGAUUGACGCUCUUAAAAACAAUGCAGCCCAACUAGAGGGAUUAUCCGGCUCUCUUCCACCCGCUGCUGAUAUUCUGAACACUGCCAGUAAACUGACGGGGGACUUGGAUGGACUGAACAUAGCGGCAUCUUUAACUAAAGACAGACUGAAUAAAGAGAAGAGCAAUGUGAAGACACAAAUAAAUCAAGCUAAGGAAGCUGUCAUAGAUGCCACUGGGGCACUUGACCACGCAAAGACCGCGAGGAAUGCUGUUAGUGAUACUUUAAAGACAAUCAAUGAUAUCAUGGGAUCACUGGGAUCUCCUGGUGUAGUUGAUGAGACUCGAGUGAGUGAGCUGGAGAGCGCCGUGGCUGAAUACCGCAGUCGUGUGGAGAAGGAACUGAGGCCCAGAUUCAGAGAGCUGGAGGAGAAAGAAGCCCAGCAGAGAGCCUCCAUCACAGGCAUGAUCAAUGACAUUGACGUUAUCCUCACUGACAUUGCCAACUUGGAGCACAUCCGCAGAAGCAUUCCUGACGGCUGUUAUAAUUUACCACCUCUUGAAAGACCUUAAAGAUUUUGGGAUACUGCAGGGGCCACGCCACAAUGUUACGAUGACACUGUACUUGAAUAGUAUGGAGUAUGUUUUACCAUAACAGUUUUUGUAUUGAUAAUUGAGAGGUUUUUAUUAGUAUUUAUUGUUUUACAUAUUUACGUGUGGUUUUUAUUCAAACGUAAUUACUGUGAAGUUUGGAAUGAUGUAAAUUAAUAUUUGUUACUUGUUUGCCAAAGAUAAGUUAAAGCUGCAAUCUGUACCUUUUCUCUCUGUCGCCAUCUUUGUUUGAAGAUUAACACUGCAGGUUACUUUACAUACUUUUUACAUUCAAAAAAGUUCAAAUUCUGAAUUAUUAUUAUUAUAAACUUGUGAAUCUGAGUAAAUUAAGGAGACCUUUUUAUGUACUUGUUUAUAACUGAAUAGCUGAAUUUUAAAGAUUGUUGAAAGUUUCAGAUUGUAGCUUUAACACAAUAUUACAUUAGUAUUUGGCUGUUUAAGAAGUUAAAAUGUAACAUCCAUUUACUUUAACAUCUUUGGACAUCUAUAGUUAAAUAAUGUUUUAAAAGUCAAAGAAAUGCACAACUAACAAUUUCGAUUAAUUGUCGUUUUGUUUUAUUAAAUUCAGUCCUCGAGGGCA